AUGCACGACAGCCGGUGGUCUAGGAAGUUCCAAACCUUCCAUUUCGUUUCUGUAAAAUCUAGAAUGUCAUGGGAUGCUGGGGACUUCUCAGUUUUAAGUUUCUUGCGGCCGAGGGCGCGGUCCCUUCGUUCUACCAACCGCUGCGACGGCGUUUUUACGCGGGACGCCUCGCAGGGCGGUGUCGCGGUGCCAGGGCCGUGCUGGGGGGGGAGGAGGAGCGCGGGGCGGGCCGCUCCGGGCAGCGUGAGCGGCGGAAGCAGUCGCUCCACGUCCGGGUCCGGUGCCGCUGGCGGGGCGAUGCCGCUGGUGGUGCUGUGCGGGCGGCCCGGCAGCGGCAAGAGCCGGCGGGCGGCCGAGCUGCGGGAGGCGCUGGGCGGCCCGGAGCGGGCGGCGCACGUCGUGGCCGAGGCUGAGGGCGGCCGGGCGGCGCUGCGGGCCGAGGUGGAGCGGCGGCUGAGCCGGCGGGACGUGGUGAUCGUGGACGCGGGCAACGAGCUGCGGAGCAUCCGCUACGAGCUGUACUGCGCGGCGCGGCAGGCGGGCACGGCGCGCUGCCUCCUGCACUGCGCCGGCGGCGCGGGCGGCCCCGACGAGCCGCCCUUCGAGGAGCCCGACCCGAGCUGCCGCUGGGACCGGCCGCUGUUCACGGUGAGCGGGGAGGAGCCGCUGCCGCUGGGCGCCAUCCGCGCCGCGCUGUUCGAGAGCGCCCCGCCGCCGCCGCACCGCUCCACCCGCACGCAGCCGCUGCAGUCCUGCGGCUUCCUGCACCAGCUGGACCGCGUCACCCAGGACGUGCUGGCCGCCGUGCUGGCCGCGCAGAGGAGCGGGGCACAGCCCGGGGAGACCAUCCGCGUCCCCGGCGUGGCCGAGGGGCUGGUGCUGAGCCGGCCCGUGAGCGUGGCCGAGCUGAGCCGGCUGCGGAGGCAGUUCAUCAGCUACACCAAGAUGCAGCCCAGCGAUGAAAACCUGCCCCAGCUGGCCAGUAUGUUCCUGCAGUACCUGAGCCGCAGCAUCCAGUGAAGUGUGUCACCUGUGCCACCCAGCAGUGGCGGUGGUCUGGCCCCGAAGUACUUGCCGCGGGAGGAAUGUGGCUGCAGGCACAGACCCUGCAGAGCCCGGGUCCCACCUGUCCGGAUCGGAUCACUUGGCAGCAGCAGCUCUGAGAAGAUGGGCGCCGUGUCCCUGCAGCAGCCGACCCAGCUGCAUUGCUGGGGGGUCUCCGGGGAAACAGUUCCUCACCCCUGCCUUCUCCCCACUGGCAUCUUGCAAAAAGGAUUGCUACUGGUGCAUCCCCAAGCAAGGAAAGUCUCCUGUGGAGAUGCAAACCCCAGUAAUCAAAUAGUGUGAUGUGAAGGUGUAAAAGGUGAUGACUGUAGGGAAGACUUUUCCCUCUAAGUUGGCAUGUGUAUGCCUGGAAUAAGAAGAUUGCUUUUCAAGAGCUGCUACCAGAUAAUGUCAAACUGCGGACUAGACUUCAGGUCCAGAACUGGAACAGUCUUUUUUUAGGAUGUGACUGUUUCAAAAAAUCUGACUGACCCAAGAGAGAUUUUCAAAUCCACACUGCAAAAGGGUGCUGGCUUAACAGACUCAAACUUCUCUGUUUCAGAUCUAAUAAUAAAAUUUGUGCCUUAAAUGGAAUAAAGUCUUAAUUUACCUGCAGGAUUAUUUUACUGAAAUUACUUGGCCAUGUCUUUUUUCUUCAAGGUCAUUAUGCUUCCUUAAAACCAUCAUUUUACACCCUUAAAAACAUAAAUUGCUUGAGUGCUGUUGUAGGAAAAAAUGAGCUAAAAUGACAGAAAUAAAUGUAUUUAUUUCUAUUCUGUGUGAAACUCACAAGUCUGUACUGGCUGUGAUGGGUAGCUAGGUUUUCAGUAAUUUUGGGUACAGCUUAUAUAAACUUCUCACUCUCUGGUGGUUGCUUCUUUCAUCAUUCUAAUAAAUGGUGGCACUUGU